UCAAAAGCAUUGGGCUUAAUAUGUUUAAUAUGGAGAUUAAAGCUUCAAUGAAUCUUUCUCUCUCUCUUUUUUUUUUUUGCUGCGCAGGCCCGUGUGGAGGAAUGCACCCUUCACGCUUCGCUCUCCCCUCCCUCUCUGUGACGCGCAGAGGAGAACCAGAGGAACAAGCCCUCUCUGGGACAGAGAGAGGGAAUGGGGGAAGCUGAAAUGGAUAAAGAGGGAGACAGGGAAAUAUUGUAGUGACGAGAAGAGGCGUGCCAAUAAUCAAGGAUUUUGGAUGAGGGCGCGCGUCUCGGCGAGCACAUGGGAAGGCACCGGAUUAAUCACGCAGCGUCACGGAGCCGCUGUUAGAGAAAAGGGGCUCCCUGAGGUGCUGCCGCUGGUGUUUAUUCUGCCCCCGUCCUGGUCUGACAGAGCUGGGACGCUGAAACUUCUGAGGGACAAACAGAAAAGUUCGUACGGAUUUACGAGUUCGCGCAGUCGGUGACUUUCGUCAGGAUGCAGGGCCUGAGCUCCCGUGCUCAUGCGUUUUCGGUGGAGGCGCUGGUGGGGAAACCCUGCAAGAGGAUGAAAGUAUCGGAGGGACACGAGUCAAGUUCAGCUGGAGACACCGGCAGUGACAGGGACAUGUUCACCGGUGCGCACGAACAUAACGCCACCCAGUUAAAGAAGGCAGCGAGGAGGCCCGAGGAUACCCCGUGUGACACCCCGUGUGACCCGCAGAGACAGGCCGUCAGAUCAGGGGCCGAGGACUCCGAGCCGGGCAGCGAGGGCAACAAGCCGAAGGAGAGCGACUGCCGGUCAGAGAGAGAGGUCCGAGUGGAGCUGCAGGGCUCCGAGCUGUGGAAGAGAUUCUACGAAAUCGGCACCGAGAUGAUCAUCACUAAGGCUGGCAGGAGAAUGUUUCCUUCUGUGCGCGUAAAAGUGCGCAAUUUGGACCCUUGCCAGCAGUACUACAUCGCAAUGGACGUUAUGCCCGUGGACUCCAAACGCUACAGGUACGUUUACCACAGCUCGCAGUGGAUGGUGGCUGGAAACACGGACCACUCCUGCAUCUCUCCCCGGCUCUACGUGCACCCGGACUCGCCGUGCGCAGGAGAGACGUGGAUGCGUCAGGUCAUCAGCUUUGACCGGGUCAAACUCACCAACAACGAGAUGGACGAUAAGGGACAUAUCAUUCUUCAGUCGAUGCAUAAAUACAAGCCACGUGUGCACAUCAUCCGCCACAACCCUCGGAUGGACUUGUCUCAGAUCCAGUCGCUGCCUGCUGAAGGAGUGCACAGCUUCUCCUUCCCAGAAACUGAGUUCACCACGGUGACAGCCUACCAGAACCAACAGAUCACAAAACUGAAGAUCGACAGGAACCCCUUCGCCAAGGGCUUCAGAGAUCCAGGAAGGAAUAGGGGAGUGUUAGACGGCAUAUUGGAGUCAUAUCCUUGGAGAGGCCCUCUCAGCUUGGACUUCAAGCCUUUCACCAUACAGUUCCAAGGGAGCUCGGGGUCGCCGACCGGCAGCGUGAAGAGCCUCCUCCCUCUCUCCUCAUCUUCGUCCCUUCACCCCUUCUCCGUCUCCUCGCUCGGCUGCCAGGACGCCGCUCUCCGCACCCUCACCCUCCCCCUCUUCGCCAAGACGUCCACCGCCUCCGCCGCCAUCUCCCCGGUGCCCGGCAGGGCCUUCUCCUCCCUGGGGGUCGACAGACUGAGAGGCCUUCCUCCGCUGCCUCCGCUGGCAGACCUCCCGCUCUUCUCCGCGCUGCACAGCGGGAAGAAACCUCCCCACUGCAGGGACCCGUGUCCGCACGGGUCCCCGGGGGGCUCCCCCUGCCUGCUCCCUCUCCACAGCCCCGUCGGCCCCCAGGGGUCUCCCCUGCUCCCUCAUCUCUCCGACGCCGCCGCCGCCGCCUCCUACUGUCUCUACCGCUACAGCUUCCCUCUGAGCCCCCAACUCACAGCGAUCUCCCGAUCUCACGUCAAACUAGCCGAAGACUCCACAGACUGUCUGCUGCGCCAGUCUCCGUGGCACCCGACCACCAACCACUGCCUCUGACAGCUGGACCGCACUUGCGGGCUCCGGCCCAUUGAGAGUAACAAGCCAAAGCUUAAUGCAACAAAGCAGAGAGAGGGCAUAUUCACUUUUCGAGUGAGGAAAAAUGUGACUGCGGAGGACCUUUUUGUAUUUAAAAGCUACAUCGUGUUGGAUUUACCAGCACAAAAAAAUGAUCCCAAAGAAGCCCUUCCACAGUAUAUGCACAUUCAGCAAAAGAAAAGAAAAAAAAAACGCAGAAAACACACACAUUUCUGCUCACGCAGGAUAUAGAUUUUAGUUUGGGACAGAAAGUUUUAUCUGCCUUCUCAGAAUCUCCCUCGGACAACUCAGUCCCGCAGUUUAUGUUCUCCGAGGACUGUAACGCUCUUGCGAAAGAGAUCAGCUAUAGGACCUGAGGUAUGUAAUGCAACUAUUAUUGAACAUGACAGUGACUGUUAAAUGGACCAUAAGUGCCUAUUAAAGUAUUUUUCAUGCAUUUUGCAAAAAUCAAA